AGCAAACAAACCUUGGCUGGGGCUGUCGUCGCUGCUGGCCUCCCUCUACUCAGUACUAAACAAACCACAGGCAGCAUAACCACCAGAGAGGUCUCAAAGAAAAUAAAGAAACAGACAGAGACAGAAAGAGAAACAGACAGAGGCAAGGAAAUGAGAAAGGCAAAGAGAAAGGCAAACAGGCAAGUAAAUGAUACUCCAUGCUGUGACUGCUGCACAUCUGAAAAUGGAAGAAAGGAGAUUGGGGUGGCUUUGUUUUUUUGUUUUUUUUCAGAAAUAGGUAAAUGAAAGGGAGGGAGAUGGGGUGAGAGAGGAGAGAAAAAAGAAAGAGAGAAAGAGAGAAAGAAAGAGAGAGAACGAAAGAAAGAGAGAUGGGGUGAGAGAUGGUGUGAGAGGAUGAGAGAGCGAGAGCGAAAAGAGAGAGGAGGAAGAGAGUAAAAAGGAAGUCAGGAGUAGUUUGAAUGGGGGAGGAGACUGUUGGUUGCUGGUGCUUGUGUGAGAGAGCGAGAGCGAGAAAGAGAGAGGAGGAAGUGAGUAAAAAGGAAGUCAGGAGUAGUUUGAAUGGGGGAGGAGACUAUUGGUUGCUGGUGCUUGUGUGAGAGAGCGAGAUCGAGAAAGAGAGAGGAGGAAGUGAGUAAAAAGGAAGUCAGGAGUAGUUUGAAUGGGGGAGGAGACUGUUGGUUGCCGGUGCUUGUGUAUGAGUCUGUGUGUGUGUGCCAAAUGAGAGAGAAGCCGCCUGUUACCAGGCAGGGCCGGCCAACGUCUCAGGGGAAAUGCAGAGGGAGUGCUUCAAAAACAGACACGAGGGCAAGAAAUGCAGAUGCAGUGACAGAUACCGGAUACAGAUACCGGAUCAACUGAUCUAUAGUGACAUACUGGAUCAACUGAUCUAUAGUGACAUACCGGAUCAACUGAUCUAUAGUGACCUACCGGAUCAACUGAUCUAUAGUGACCUACCGGAUCAACUGAUCUAUAGUGACCUACCGGAUCAACUGAUCUAUAGUGACUGAUCUAUAGUGACCUACACACACAAAACAAAACAGCUGGGAAACACGCAGAGCACAGCGACCUUGCGAGCCACGUGCUGCCCAGAGACAACUACAACAAAAGCAGGGUGCAGCAACAGCUUCAGCUCCACCCGCCCAUCGCUUGCCGACCAAUGGUUCCAGCUCCCUGUGUGCACCUGGCUUGACUCCCUGCUGGUUUCGGCUCGCCAUGUUUUGGUCAGGGGCUUAAUGUUUAAGAUCUUCUUCAGCAAAAGGACCCGGGCAGAACUGCAAUUAAGGUGGUUGCAUGGUGUCCGUCCGGUGCUGGACUAUUAUGCUCCAGCUGGAAGGCACCAAGUGCAGUUUCCUGUUCUGCCUGGGAAUCUGCAUGUUCAUCUGCUCUGUGAUCUACCUGAGUACCAAGGCCCCUACAGAUCCCCAAGCUCAGCACGGGCCCUUGGGCUGCAGGCCCUUCUCCCAGUACUGCCAAGCCUUCCUCCCCAGCACUGAGGGCUCUCCAGCAUGGCAACGCCGCGACUGCCAGGUGGAGAGAAAUCUUCUGGGUAUGGGGGGUGGAGGUGGGGACCUGGACUGCUCCCGCCUGGUGAGGGAGCUCCACUUCAUCACCAGUCCGCUGAGUCGUGAGGAGGAAGACUACCCUCUGGCCUUCAUCCUCACCGUCCACAAGGAGCUGGAGCUGCUUGUGCGCCUGCUGAGGGCCAUCUAUGCACCCCAGAAUAUCUAUUGUGUCCAUGUGGACGUCAAGGCUCCACAGGAGUACAGUGAAGCCGUGGAAAGCCUGGUGGGCUGCUUCCCCAACGUGUUCCUGGCCAGCCGCAGCGAGAUGGUGACCUACGCCGGCUUCUCGCGGCUACAGGCUGACAUCAACUGUAUGAGGGACCUGGCGGCAUCUACGGUGCCCUGGAGGAAGGUGGUCAACCUGUGCGGCCAGGACUUCCCCGUCAAGAGCAACCUGGAGCUGGUGCGCUACAUGCAGAGCAAGGAGUGGAGGGACAGGAACAUGACCCCGGGCAUCAAGCAGCCGGCGUCCAUGAGGCACCGGACUCAGCUAAGCUACAGGGAGAUCAGGGGCUCCCACGUGGCCCCCAAGCGAGGAGCACCAAAGAAGGGUGCUCCACCCCACGGGGUGCAGAUUUACUUUGGAACAGCCUACUACGCGCUAACAAGGACCUUUGUGGAGUUUGUACUGAGAAGUCAGGUGUCCAGGGACUUGCUGGAGUGGUCCAAAGACACAUUCAGCCCAGAUGAGCACUACUGGGUGACACUCAAUCACAUCAAAGAAGCGCCAGGAAGUCAUGUAGACGGAGGUUGGAGCGGCGAGAUCCGGGCGAUAAAAUGGAGGGACCAAGAGGGGACGAAACACAAUGGAUGCAAAGGUCGUUAUGUCAGGGACAUCUGCAUCUACGGUCUGGAGGAUUUGCAGUGGAUCAUCAACAGAAACAGCAUGUUUGCCAACAAGUUUGAGAGCAAGACCUUCCCAGAUGCUUUGGACUGCCUGGAGCAGUGGCACAGGGAAAAGGUCCUGCAGCAAGCCACGGUUCCCAUUCAGUCAUGGUGGCAACUUGCCACGCAAGGCAACAAAACUGGUCUUUUCAACGCCACAGUGGGACUUUGACGAGGCCGUGGGGUUCCUCCUGACCGGAAUGGAUGUACAUCUCAAAUAGACUUGUUGGUUACUGUAUCGCUUUAGAGGGCUGUACUAAAGUGUGCUGCUAGGGUGUGCGAGGUGGCCGGAGAACACUUGUUAUUGACAUAUCUCGGUUGUCCUGAAACGCUUUGUGAUAAAAAAUAGACUUGGUGUAUCACUGAAGCCGCAUGCCUGCCAGUCGAAAUAGUUUCUGCAUAUAUUAUGACAACUUUGUGAACAUUUUGUUCGUUUUUUCGGCUGUUUGAGCACACCACAUUUUUUUUAUUGAGACAAAUCAAAGUUCAGUAGCCAAAGUCUACGCCCGUUCGUCAGUGAUUGGUCUACAGUACUACUUCUACUAGGAGUGGGAAUAGGGCUGGGCGAUAUGGACAAAAUAUCAUAUUACAAUAUUUUGGACGGUAUUUUAUGUUUUUGAAUAAAGGUUCUAAAUAUGCUUUAUGAGUAGUUAUAGGAUGUCAACACAUUUCAGUGGGCGUUCUCUCUAUUUAUACCACGUAUCAAACUCAUUCCACGGAGGGCCGAGUGUCUGUUGGUUUUUUCUCCUCCCUUGUACUUGAUUGAUGAAUUAAGGUCACUGAUUAGUAAAGAACUCCCCUCAUCUGGUUGUCUAGGUCUUAAUUGAAAGGAAAAAACAAAAACCCCUUAUUCAUACUGUUCUAUCCAACUCCAAACAAGAAUAAUUUUCUGAGUUUUCAUACAUUUCAGCAGGAAGCCUAGUGGUUAGAGCAUUUGGCCAGUAACCAAAAGGUUGCUAGAUCGAAUCCCCGAGCUGACAAGGUAAAAAUCUGUCGUUCUGCCCCUGCCCCUGUUCCUAGGCCAUCAUUGUAAAUAAGAAUUUGUUCUUAACUGACUUUAUAAGUUAAAUAAAAUAAAAUAUUCCUGCGCUUUUAUUAUCAUUUCCACAGUGGUCCAUGUAGCAUUUGGGCAAAAAAAAUAUAGGCCUAGUUAAUAUGUGAACUGUUAGAAUCAUGGAAAUAUAAUGGAAACAUGCUUACCAAGAACAACACCAGCACUGGUACACAGGCAGUAUUAGCUAGCUAUGUUCGCUCUGUACAUUUAGCAAGCUAGCUAGCGAGCUAACUAGUAAUUAGCAUGAGCGGUUAAGAAAAGACAAACUGGCAGAUAGUUGUUUGCAGAUAGUAAGACACACAAAACUAAUAAUGUAUAGAACGCUUGUGGAAAGGAACAUGUCACCAAUAUUUGAACAUGCAGAGUUAACGGCAAGAAAAUGCUUGUGGUCGAGCAACUGUUCUCUCCUUGAGUGACAGUAGGCAGGUAGGGCUUGGUGUGGUUAGCAACAUGCAGCAGCAGGAGGAGAGAGAGGACUCAAGUAGCAAACAGAGUAACUAUAAAAACCAAUAUUAUACACGCUAGAGUUUCGUAUCACAUUUAACAAACCAAACAUUGAAAUACUGUUAUAGAAGGUAAAGUAAAAACUCAAACCGGUCCAUGCAUCAAUACUGGUACUGUAUAUAGUAAAAUAGGGUAUACUGCCCAGACCUAAGUGAGAAGUAUGGACGGGAUUCUUCAAUUAUGUGUUUGUUGUCAUUCAACGAGAGAUGACUAGUUUUCACGCACAUUUUUUCACUUGAGAAAUACUCCACCAAACAUCUUAGAUGUAAAAUUGCAUGACUAAGACAACCUCUGCAAAAAUGUCAACAUUUAUUACAGAUUUCUUGAUUAAUUUUACAUUAAUUUGGGAUAUUUUGAGGAAGUGUACUGGCUAUGUUGUUGCUAGGGUGGCUCAAGAGGGACAAAUAUUCAUUAUUGUAAUAUUGCCACUUUGUUUCUAGACGAGUUCUGCUUGGAGCAAACCAAACCUCGAACUAUGUAUGCAGACGCCUUAAGGGGCACAUUGGUUGAGAGGAUGACGCAACCAUAAUCAGUAAGGAAUUCAUAAGUCCCCCCCGCUGCGCCACACAAGGCCCUUCAGAGACAUGUGGUGCACUUUGACAACAGACCCAAAUAGGCCACUGUACCAAAGGGAUUCAGUAAACUUUACAGGCGAGACCAAUACACAACUCUCUGAACAUGGCGGCUUAGAGGUGUGGCAACAACUUGAAUAUUUAUUGCCAUUUCAAAAACUAAAAUAAAAAUGUUAUUUUUUUGUUACACUGGAUUACAUGUUAAGAACACUGGAUUACAUGUUAAGAACAAUCUAUUUAAAGUAAACUAUUAUAUUUGUCCUUGUGUUCUGGAUUAUUGUCCUGCUUAAAAAGGUGAAUGUCUCCCAGUGUCUGUUGGAAAGCAGACUGAAUCAAGUUUUCCUCUAGGAUUUUGCCUGAGCUUAGCUCUAUUCUGUCCCGUCCCGCCCGUCCCCCGUCCCCCCCCAACAACCUCCCUAGUCCUUGCCAAGCAUAGCCAUAACAUGAUGCAGCCACCACCAUGCUUGAAAAUAUAAAGCGUGGUACUCAGUGAUGCGUUGUGUUGGAUUUGCCCCAAACAUAACAUUUUGUAUUCAGGACAAACAUUUUUUGCAGUUUUAUUUGAGUGCCUUAUUGUAAACAAGAUGCAUAUUUUUGUAAUUUUUUAUUCUGUACAGUCUUACUUCUUUUCACUCUGUCAUUUCAGUUAGUAUUGUGGAGUAACUACGUUGUUGAUCAGUCCUCAGUUCUCUCCUUUCACAGCCAUUAAACUAUGUUAAUGUCA